AUGGAAGACGAGGAACUUCAAGCAAUUAGAGCAGCACGUCUGCAAGAGAUGCAAAAAAAUGCAGGUCAAGGGAGUGGAGCUUCAGGCAGUCAGGAGGCCGAAGGAAGUACAGCAGCCAAUGAUCCAACACAGGCACUAAUAUCACAGAUUCUAGAGCUGGAAGCAAAAGAGAGGCUCUCAAGAGUAAGACUUGUGAAACCGGAACGUGCCAAAGCCGUUGAAGGAUACUUGAUUCGACUAUAUCAAUCCGGAACCAUUAGACGCAAAAUUAACGAGGAUCAAAUUGUUGACAUUUUAGAAAAGGUGGCAAGUGAUGAGAGAAAACAAAAUUCCACCACCAUCGUGUUUGAUAGAAGGGAUAAGAGUGGUGAAGGUAACCAGGAAGAAGAGGAAGACUUUUUCGAUUAA